AUGGAGAAUCCAAAGGUCGGCGAUAAAAUCGCGGAUAUCGAUACACCCUCUAUGAUCGUUGAUCUCGACCUUAUGGAGGGGAAUAUUAAGAAACUCAUGGACAAGCUCUUGCCAACUGGUCUCGACAUCCGUCCACACCUGAAGACGACAAAAAGCGCUAUUCUCGCCAAGAAACUUGCCAAAGCCGGUGCCAGGGGCGGCUGCGUUACGAAAGUCAGCGAGGCAGAGGUCAUUGCUGCUGCUGGCUUUGACGAUCUACACAUUACCUGUCCGAUCGUCGGUCCCGCCAAGGUGAAGAGACUGGUGGAAUUGUUCCGGAAGUAUCGACGAGUCCGGAUCGUGGUUGAUUCUGAGGUCGGCGCUGCGGCUAUCAAUGAUGCGCUGGAGAAGGCGGGGAUUGAGGAGCCUAUUCUUACGUUGAUUGAUCUGGACGUUGGUCUUCAUCGUACGGGUGUGAAACCUGGACUGCCGGCGAUGAAUUUGAUUAAGUUUGUUGGGGGGUUGAAGCAGCUUAAGAUUAUCGGUGUGCAGGGGUACGAGGGUCAUCUACAACAUCUGCAUGACUUUAAUGAUCGCAAGACUCAAUGCCUCGAGUCUAUGCGUAUCCUCACCAGCACCGCUGAAUCUUUCCGCCUGGCUGGCUUCAAUAUUGACGUCGUUACAACUGGAGGAACAGGCACAGCCGAGUUCUGCGCGUCUGUCCCAGGUGUCACUGAACUCCAGCCUGGCUCGUUUAUCUUCAUGGAUACCGAUUACCGCAACGCCGUUGGCACGUUUUACUCCAACAGUCUGACGAUAUUGUCCACCGUCGUCAGCAAACAGGGUCCUCGGGCUGUGACCAUUGAUGCUGGGUUGAAGUCCUUGACGACGGAUAGCGGGAUGGCAGAGUGCAGUGAUUCGAGAUACAAGUAUAAUGAGUUUGGUGAUGAGCAGGGCUCGCUUAUGUGGGAGGAGGGUACGCCGGACCUUGCGGUUGGGGAUCGGGUCGAGAUUAUCCCGAGUCAUAUUGAUCCGACUAUUAAUCUGCAUGAUCUUUAUUAUGCUUAUCGUGGUGAGGUUAUUGAGGAGAUUUGGCCGGUUGAUUCCAGGGGGAAGGUGCAGUGA